GGCCCCCCAAGAUGUUCCUCAUUGCAAGCACCCAUAAUGUUACUUUCUGGUCACGAAGGAGAGGUUUAUUGUUGCAAGUUUCAUCCUAAUGGAUCCACCUUAGCCUCAGCUGGGUUCGACAGGUUGAUACUCCUAUGGAAUGUGUAUGGUGACUGUGAUAAUUAUGCCACUUUGAAGGGCCACAGCGGCGCAGUUAUGGAAUUACAUUACAACACUGAUGGCAGCAUGCUGUUCUCAGCCUCGACGGAUAAAACAGUAGCAGUGUGGGAUAGUGAGACAGGAGAGAGAGUGAAAAGACUUAAAGGACACACUUCAUUUGUCAACUCCUGCUAUCCAGCAAGACGUGGACCUCAGCUGGUUUGCACAGGCAGUGAUGAUGGCACAGUGAAGCUCUGGGAUAUCAGGAAGAAAGCUGCUGUUCAAACCUUUCAGAACACCUAUCAAGUAUUAGCUGUGACCUUCAAUGACAUCAGUGAUCAGAUAAUAUCUGGCGGUAUCGACAAUGAUAUCAAGGUAUGGGACCUUCGUCAGAACAAGCUAACUUACACAAUGAGAGGACAUGCGGAUUCUGUCACCGGUCUCAGCCUAAGUGCAGAGGGCUCUUACUUGCUUUCCAAUGCAAUGGACAAUGCAGUUCGCAUCUGGGAUGUUCGGCCUUUUGCUCCCAAAGAAAGAUGUGUGAAGAUACUCCAAGGGAACGUGCAUAAUUUUGAGAAGAACCUUUUGCGAUGUUCCUGGUCCCCGGAUGGAAGUAAAAUAGCUGCUGGAUCUGCAGACAGGUUUGUUUAUGUGUGGGAUACAACCUCCAGAAGAAUCCUCUACAAACUUCCAGGCCAUGCAGGUUCAAUAAAUGAAGUGGCGUUUCAUCCAGAAGAACCAAUAGUACUUUCUGCAUCUAGUGACAAAAGACUGUAUAUGGGAGAGAUUCAAUGAGGAAGAGCGUGGAUUAAUUCUGAAGAUUUGCAGAACUUGAUUGCUUCCAACUAAUUUGAAAAGGAGGAGGAGGAAGAGGAAGAUGGUCCAUGAAAAGAUUGCAACUGUCAUCUUUCCAGGGCAGCGUUAACUCGCUAUCUGUAUCCUAAAAGAUCUCGUCUUGAAUUUUUUAACCAUAUUUGCAGCAGCCUAAAACACGCGGCAGCCCAGCUCCAUACUGUUGAUGGAUGCGUAAAUGCUUUAUUUUACCUUUAAAAUGUGCUCUCUCUUUUUUGAAAUCGUUUUGACCAUGGUAAAGUGGGGAAGUUAGCAUUUAAUAUUGAAUGCUUCCCUAAGAUUCGUUUGUCAUUUUUAUAUUAAAAAAAUAUGAAAUGCCUUG